AUGGAAGCUAACCACACGGAUCGUCUCAAUCAGGCAGCAGCGUUAAUAACGAGCAUAUUAACAUCUGCGCAGCAGACUACGUCCCCCGCCAGGAGUAACCUCUCCUCGGUAGAUGGAGAGAUCGCCACUCUUUUUCGCCAGGCCAACUCUACACAACCGAGCAGUUCAAGGCCACAGCAGCCCCCAUCAACUCGUCAAAGAGUGAGGCAAAAUGUCAACUCGUGGGCCUCUGGAAGCAGGAGGAGGAGGCCCACUUCUGUGGAGUACCAUGACCAUUUCAACAAGGAUGUAAUUAUACUCCCUGACCCAACAUGGGAGUUUGUGUGCAAGCAAAAGUCCAAACAGUUCUUGCAUGCAAAUGGUCACAUACUCAGUGCUUUUGAGUUCCAUAAAUCAUGGAACCAGUUGACCCUAUUCCGACAGAUCCGGGAUGAGUUCAAGCCCAGAAUUCCUGAGGAAGUGAGCUUGCAGUUUCUAAUGGCUUGUGGAAAUAAACUUGUGACACCUAAACUUAAAGAAGGUCAAGAGUUUGAUGGUCACAUGAUUCACAAGGUCUUCAGGUCAAAAGCCUUGUAUGUAAAACCAUCAGUUGCUAUUCUUGGUUACAACAGUGAUACUGAGGAUCAGUCCUGUGCUAUCCAGGAGGGUCCCAGCACAAGGUCAAAGUCAAGGGCAACUCAUCCCAGGGAAGAUAGCAGCGAAGAGGGCCACAGCGAUGGUUUAAUUCUUGAUGAAACCGCUACCUCCAGCCUGCCACUCAACAGCUAUCUUCACACGACAAGCUCUCUGCCUCACACCACCAACUCCAGCUUCAGCUCUUCUGUCGUUCCAGUGACUACCAGUGUCACCUCUUCUGUCACGGCUUCCAGCUCGACCAUUGCCCCCACAUCUGACUACUCUUCAUAUGUGACCUUAAUGAGAGAUGUCUCUGAUUUAUCGUCGGAUGAUGAGGAUUUAAAUCGUGCAAUACAAGCUAGCCUUCAAACUGAACAAGCCCAGGCAACUGAACAUGCCUCUGUUCAGGAGAUCCUCUCAGAGUUGGCUGAUAAAAUCUCGGCAAAUAGUCGCUGUAAAUUCAACAUCAACCGCUCGGCAGUGUUGGAUGGUGCCUUCCGGAGCUUCAAUCGGGCCACGUACGACCCCAAUGCCACCAUGAACAUCAAAUUUUCCGAUGAUCUUGGACGGAAUGAGGAGGCAGUGGAUUUGGGAGGACCAAGGAGGGAGUUCCUACGCCUUCUGAUGGAAGCUCUGAUGAUGAGCUCCAUGUUUGAGGGGUCAGAAUAUAGUCAGAAUCUGGCACUUGAUAUUCCAGCACACAGAGAGGACCGCUAUUUCCUUGCUGGAAGAGCUAUUGCUGUCAGUCUUGUCCAUGGAGGCCCACCACCUAGUUUCCUCUCUACAACACUAUUUGACUGCUUGGCUGCAGGCAGCCAUACAGCCAAGCCAGUGUUGAAGGACAUUGCAGACACAGACAUCUACAAUCAAGUGAAAAGGGUGUCCGAGAGUUCAAAAUAUGAGGACCUCAUUGCUGCAACUCAACAGAUGCAGGAUUAUUUGGCCAACGCAGGGUGUCUUCGUCCGCUGAAAAGGGUUCAGGAGAAGGAACAGCUUGUCCAUGAUAUCCUCAUGUUUCAAGUUGUGCACCGGGUUGAAGCCCCAUUCCAAAGGUUCCAAGAGGGGCUUAAAAUCCUUGGCAUUUUGGGAAAGCUCCAGAAGAGCCCAGACAGCUUCCGCCCUCUAUUCUGCCAUCAGCAAUCUGCACUGACUGCUGAGAUAAUGGAGGAUUUGUUCCCCAUCCAUCUAUCUGCGCAAGGCAGCAACAAGAGGAGAGCAGAGGAGAUGGUGGUUCCCUACUGGAGAGACUACCUAAUUGAUGCGGAAGGGUGCGGCAGCUGA